AUGGGUGCAACGAUCUGUCCGGGGAAGCAAGCCAAGACAACGCCGAGGUACGCGAUUGUUCGCGUGUACACGGCACGCGGCAGGGACUCGACUUUCGGUCGCGUGUAUCACGUGCCCUCAGUUGCUGAUGGCUUCAAGCUUGAACCUUCCACGCAUCUAACAGAAUCACGAUCACUUAACGCAGACAAUGGCAAUGUUUCGCAGCAGCCGGCCAUUCAUUGCGAUAUUCCCUUCUCCGCCGAGAAUCUCGCAUUUCAGCUGGCUCACUCCUUUGCAACAAUAUCUGCCUUGGCUUUCCGUCUGUUUAGCUUGACGCGCACGGUGAUUCGAUGCGAGUUCCGAAUAGAUCCCGCAAUGCUGGGCGAGCCGCAUGUCCACGACUUUACGGUUUUACGGCGAAUGACUGCGGAGGUGGGUUCAUCAAAGUGGGCGGUUCACAGGCCCACUUUGACUUUGACUCACCUCCUCCUCUUCCAACAUACUGCACCAAUAAAGUUCGUUGUUUUCCCAAUCAAUCCUACGAAGCCGACUGCGCAUUUUGAUAUGGAUAUCGCGCUAGAAAAUGUUGUUGACGGCGCGCAAGACUUCAGAAUACCCGCUCCACGCGACUACCGAUGA